AUGUCGAGUAGAAGAUCGAGGUCAAGGCAAUCAGGAGUUUCGAGGAUCAGCGAUGAUCAGAUCAAUGACCUUGUUUCCAAGUUGCAGCAGCUCCAUCCUGAGAUUCGGGAUAGGUGCUCCGACAAGGCUUCAGCUGCAAAAGUCUUGCAAGAGACGUGCAACUACAUUAGAAGCUUGCAUCGAGAAGUUGAUGAUCUAAGUGAGCGAUUGUCUGAACUUUUGGCAACAACAGACACCGCCCAAGCAGCUAUUCUUAGGAGUUUGCUCAUGCAAUAA